AGCGCGCACAGCGCGCACGUGUUGUGGCAGUUAGGUUCUCUGGUUAGGUGGCCCCAGGUGGUGCUUUUCGUUUUUUAGUGCUUGAGCUGUGAUGACUGGCUUAGGAAGUUGCGCCAAACGGUUAAUUUUGUUUUGACUGAUGAUUAAAUAAAAAUUUGACUGAUCUCAGCAAGGACUUUGCAAGGAGUCCAGAAAUCGAACAUGCUAAGAUGGUGCUUGCAGAACGCAGGCAAAAGGUUGGCACUGCUGAAGCCAAGAUACACUCAGCUCUUUCACGGUCAAGUACGCGGAGACAGCACUUGGAAGAAUUACGUCAAACCUUUCAGGAAGAAAACUCGCGAGGAAUAUGCUCGUUCCGACGGCUUAAACCCAGCUGAAGACCUACUUGUGUACACCUGCGGGGUGCAUAAUUACAUGCUUUUGGCGAGUAUCUCUGGAACAGGCGUGCUGGCCGGCCUCGUCUGCUAUGCUGGCUAUUUCUACUUUAAUCCCUGGCCAGAUGCCUCAACCCCUAAAGAACGCUUUGUAGGUGAAGUUACAUUUGCCCAAAAGAUGACCUUUGCCUUUGUGCUCGGCACGUACACGCUGGGAUCGUUUUACUUCUUAAGGGCAUUGCCAGUACGUAUCUACUACAACAAAUCACAGCAAAUGUUUAAUUUAGUGUUUCAGGCAGCAUUGCCGGGGCUGCGAAGAAAACAGAGCUUUAAACCUGGAGCACUAGAGCCUCUGUAUGUUGGCACACAUUCUACACUCACGCAGUUCCUUGGAACCUUGAGGGUGAAAAAUGGGUGGCAGAGACUUAUUGUGUUUGAAGAGCGUUUUCACAGAACAGCUUUUUACAAUGUCCUAGUUGGAUAUGAUAGUGUUGAUGUGCUUGAAGACUAGACCAGCAAGAGUAAACUGUGUAGGUGCUUCUAAGUUCACGUACCUGUUUGUGUGUGACUAAAGUCAUCAUUAAAUGAACUUGGACGUUUUCA